AAUCAUAUGGCGGCUGUCACUGUCAGAUUCUGUACUUUUUGUAAACACGAGCACGUGAGUAGAGCUACGAAAUUCGUAUUAUUUACAAUAAUACUUAACUAAAAAGCAAAAUGCCCAAAAUAAAGAAAAGUUUAGAUAAUUUAAAGCAUCCUAACAGCAGAAAAACCUUAUCACUUGCUAAGAAAAUGAAGAGAAACGAGCGAAAAGAGCAAAACAAACUUGGCACACACAUCAAGCAAAACCUAACAGGUGAGAAAAUUCUCUGGUUCAAAGAGAGAAUACCUGAGGGGUGUAGUGUUUUGGCUACAGAACAAGUAUUAGAACUGAUAAAUACAUAUUUGGCGCGGUUUGAUGAAGAACUAGAACAAAUACAGUUGAAAAAUUCUGUAGGACAUAGGAAAAAUCGUCAGCAUGCGAGCAGAGAAGAUGUAAUAAACAUUACAAAAAAGCGAGAACUAGAGGAGUUUGACACGUGCGGUAUAGAGAUGCCUGACCUGAUGGACGCUCAGCAGAUGGAGGUGCUCAAGACCUGGAACGGAGAGCUGCGGUAUCUACAGCAUUUCAAGUUGAGAAGAUUUUCUAAAAAACAUUUAAUAUAGGUAACAUUACACA